AUGAAGUCCUGGAACAAUCAUCCCGUCAAUCAACGGUGGCUCCGAACCACGCUGAGUUCUUUUCUUCUUGUUUCAAUAUUUCUGUUCCUCAGUACGCAGAGUGAGAUUAUACAUCGGCAAUUCGAAAAGAUACCUUCACAAGAUGUUCUUGGAAACAAGGGCUCCAAGGCUGUCGAAGAAAAGUUGUCUUUCCUAGACACACCACUUAUCUUGGAUGAUUUGUCUGCUGAAGAGGAGCCGGUCGAUCUAGCACCGUCGUCUGCUAUGGAGAAACUAACUGGUCCCAUACCAUCGCCCGCCAUCGAAGAGAAGCCAUCCAUCGAGGAGGAGCCACCUGAUGGGAAACUAUGGGAAGGACAACCAGUGGAUGCAAUACCUACACCCGAAACGCUGCCGGAAGAGAUAACUGCACAAGAUAAACCGACCGAGCCCACACCACCCAUACCAACGCCACCGCCGUACAAGUUAGCGACAGAGCAAGUAAACCAGGAUACGAAAAAAUAUGCAUACAUGAUCUUCAUGACGCAAGACAUGGAUGUAAGCGACGAUUUAGAAAAGGACAAUUAUUUCGUCGCGGCGCGCAUCCUCCUGUGGCAGCUAUUGCACGAUCCGAGCACGCGAACAAAGCACGAUGUGAUUGUCAUGGUUACACCCAAUGUGUCGCAGGCGAGACGGGACCGGCUCAAAAGAGAUGGCGCAAUUGUGCAUGCGGUCGACUUUCUCCACACACCAAAUGACGCAUGGCUGAAGACGAGCGUCCAGCGCUGGAACAACAUCUUGACUAAAAUGCGCGCGUGGGAAAUGGUGCAAUAUGACAGGAUCCUCAUGCUGGACGCCGACUCGAUGCUGUUGAAGUCACUAGAUCCCGUGUUUGACGAUCCAGCUGUUCAUUUGCUUGCUACUACAAACCCCUCAGAUACUACGACAAACACGACGUUGCCCUCGACCUACCUUAUCGCAUCUAAUUCCGAAGUGUGGAAUUCGACCCAUUCGUUUCCUCCAACCCAUAGCACGGGGUUGAAGAAGCCUGGAUAUAUGAAUGCGGGCUUCUUCAUACUGGCACCUUCACUCGCUGCCUUUGAGUACUACAAGUCGCUUAUGAAUACACCCAAUUCAUUUGACCCAAAAUAUCAGGAGCAAAAUCUCAUCAAUUACGCGCAUCGAUGGGACGGCCCCAUGCCCUGGCGCGAACUGGCCUACACGUGGAACAUCCGCUGGCCAAACGACCAGGAUAUUGAAAAAGGUUUAUACAGUGUGCAUGAAAAGUGGUGGGAUCAUCCAUUCCUUUUUGGGAAUGAGAAGACAAAGCAGUGGAUGUUAUCAAGAAGAUGGGAGAUGAAAGGAUGGUAUGACGCGUGGGACAAAGUGCACGAGGAAAGGGAAUAG